AUGUCUUCAGCGGAGCAAGCAACCCCUCAGGGACCUAGAGGCGACAGCAACCGGGGCAGAGGCCGAGGACGCGGAGCAGCUCGAGGCAACCGCAGUCGGGGUGGUGGUGAUGGUGCUGGUCGCGGUGGCGCUGGCCGUGGAAAGAGCAGAGGUGGAGGACAACAGGGUGCGGCACCUACACCUGCGCAGGACAGCUCAUCCGGCGACAGCAACCCCACCCAGUGGAAGACACAACAGCAGCAGGAAGCACAAGACGACGACGACGCCGAGGUCUGCUUUAUCUGUGCCAACCCCAUCACCCACCACUCUGUUGCGCCUUGCGGCCAUUCGACAUGCCAUCUCUGCGCCCUGCGACUCAGGGCACUUUAUAAGAACAAGGAUUGCCCGCAUUGCCGAACUGCCGCUCCCUUCGUUAUCUUUACCGACGACCCCAAUAAACGCUUUGAAGAGUACACGAGCAAGGAGAUCACAAGUACGGAUGACAACAUCGGGAUCAAGUACGCGGGCGAGCACAUUGUUGGGGAUACUGUCCUUCUCCUGCGGUACAACUGCCCCGGCGGAGAGUGUGACUUUGCCGGUCUUGGUUGGCCCGAUCUGCAUCGCCAUGUGCGCUCUGUUCACCAUAAGAAGCUUUGUGACCUGUGUACGAGGAACAAGAAGGUCUUCACGCACGAGCACGAAAUGUUUACCGAUAAGGAGCUACGCGACCACAUGAGCCGCGGCGACGAUAAGCCUGGUGCUGUUGACCAGACUGGAUUUAAGGGACAUCCGCUCUGCGGCUUCUGCGGCGAAAGAUUCUAUGAUAACGACAAGCUUUACGAACAUUGCCGCAGCAAGCAUGAGAGAUGCUUCAUUUGUGACCGUCGCGACUCUCGCCAACCGCAUUACUAUCGGAACUACGAUGCUUUGGAGGAGCAUUUCAAGCAGGAUCAUUAUAUUUGCCAGGAACGGGAAUGUCUGGAAAAGAAGUUUGUCGUUUUUGACAGCGAGCUGGAUCUGAAGGCUCACCAGCUUAGCGAGCACGGAAACUCGUUGUCCAAGGACGUAAGGAGAGACGCACGCGUGGUCGAUAUCUCUGGCUUCGACUUUAGAUCUUCAUACCAGGAGGAGCGUGGCGGCAGCAGCAGUGGCGGCAGAGGUCGCGGGGGAAGAGACGGACGAGGCGCACGCGGUCGGGAUCCUAAUGCCGAGGCAUUGCCCGUCAGUACUGCUCAGCCUCUACGAAGAGACGAGCUUGCUUUCCAGCGGCAAAUGGCUAUUGCCCAGUCAGCAUCCUCUGCUCGUCCGAGCGCGGGUCCUUCUUCCGGCACUCGUCCAGCCGGACAGACAUCUGUGGUUCAGUCACGACCGUCCAGACCCCAACAGCAACGGGAGCAGCAACAACAGCAACAGCAACAGCCUAUUAUUGAUGCCAUGCAAAACCUUAGCGUUUCCGAACUCUCGUCUCUUACUCCUGAGCAGCGCGCUAGUCUUACGCGGCACGGUGCGGUGAUUGAACGUGCUUCGAACCUCCUUGGCAACGACGCCACCAAGAUCAACCAGUUUCGAUCUUAUAUCUCGAAUUUCAACAAGGGCUCGAUGACUGCUGACCAGCUGAUCGAUGCCUUCUUCGCCCUCUUCUCCGAGACCUCAUCCAAUGCACUAGGUACUCUAGUGCGCGAGGUUGCUGAGCUCUUCGAUGACAAGAACAAGGGCGCAUCUCUCAACCGAGCAUGGCAAAACCACCGCACCAUCAACGAGGACUACCCCAGUCUUCCUGGCCUUGGUGGUAUGCAUGGAGCUACAACAGCAAGCAGCGGAUGGGCGGCCGCCGCAUCGGCGACCCCGGUUACUUUACACUCCAACGGAGGUCUAGCAAACGCCCAGUCACGACAUUCCAACCACGUGUUGAAGCUUAAGAACAGCACCAGGAUAGGCGGCGCUAGCGAGCGUGGCCUGGAGCGGACAGUCGCCUCGCUCCAGGCCGGUGGGUCGAGUAGCAGCAGCUCGAGCAGGCUCGUGCCCGGUACCAACGCCUACGCCGCCCAGGUACGUUCCACCGUGAACAACUCGGCGGCGUUCCCUGCUCUUCCUGGAGCCAAGAAGCCCGCCACCGCAUCAGGCUUGUCCGGCUUUACUGCGGCCGCAGCCGGUGGGUCCUCAUCAUCUCGUCCCGCUCCCGUCGCUGCCCCUUCUGCUUCGCGAAGCAGCGGCAGCACGGCGACCACCAUCGCCAGGAAGGUCGCCGGUGGCAGUGGCAGUAUGCAGAAGCCCGGAAACGAGGACGCCUUCCCGGCACUUCCUGCGGCGCCCAAGCCAACCACUACUCUGUUCGGUUACGGCAGAGGUGCGGUACGGAGAGACUUUGGUCAGCCCAAGGAGACGGGAUUUAACUGGAGCGCUGGAAGCGGAAGCGGCGGUGCGUCAGGCUCGUCUUCGGCUCAACAGGCUGGUGGUGAAGGUGAUGCGGAUGGCGCUGGUGGUGGGAAGGGCAAGAAGAAGCAGAAGAAGCAGGUUUUGGUGCAGUGGGGUUAAGUUCCUCAGACUUAGGAAGGAUAAGAUAUGAAUGUUGGUAGUGAAUGGGUGGCUAUGUAGUGGGAGGAUGCAUCCAAGGUUGAGGCAUACAUACUCCCGAUAGCAAAGCGAUGUCCAAAGUAUCAUCGACUGGAAAUAUUACAAUAAAGCAGACUGAGACCACAUACACUCUGGAGGAAGACGUGACAUAUAGGAAGCAGAGGAGGUCUUCAAAAACCAGGGCCUACAUCGAUAGGUAGCUUUGAAACAAAGAAGAACCAUUCAUAGCAGGCCCGGACCAUG